AUGCCGGUAACGCGUAGCCUCGCCAAGUCUUCAUCUUCCUCGACUCUCGGGACUCCUGUCCCCCCAUCCGACUCCAAGCCUGUCAAAGGGGAAGCCCGCGCGGGCUCUGUCCUCGCCAUCUUCCAUGAUCUGCAGGAUGAUUAUCCCCUACAGGGUCGCGACGCUAAGCUCCUGCGCGACGCUACUUCGUCGGCUAUUUCGCAGGUGUGGGACGACACUUGCGCGACCGCUGCAAUGCUGACCCGCAAAAUUAAUGAAGGCAAUACGGCGCUUAAGGAGAAAUUGAACGAGUCUUUUGCCGCUGUCGGCAAGCGUCUCGAUGCUCUCCCGGCUGUUGCCAUGCUUCAACCCGACGCCCAGACCCCUAAGGUUAUUCCCUUCUCGGGCGCUACGGAUACUGGCGUCCAGUUUUCCAUUUGGUUACGGCGCCUCGAAGAUAUCAUGCGCAUGCGACCGGUUCCUCUCACCGAUGAGCAGCGGGCCAAUUUUCUUAUUGGUCAUCUUGAUGGGGUGGCCCGCGAAAAGGUGGAGGAGCUGGACGGUGACUCCAAAAAGAGUUACUCCACAAUUGUCAGCCACCUAACUGCAUUCUUCGAAAGUCCUCAGCAGCGUUACGUUGCUCGUCAAAAACUAUCGGCAUGCCACCAAGAACCAGGCGAACCGUGCACAUCGUUUGCUAACCGGGUGCUCAACCUGGUUCGGGCGGCCACCUCGGGCCAGGACCCCUUCACGCAAAAGGAACGAGUCCUUGAGGAAUUCGUGGGCCGCCUACGGGGAGACACUCGUUAUUUUGUCAAGCUGGAUAACCCCGUCUCCUUUGAGCAAGCGGUGGCCAAAGCCCAAAUGGUGGAGCAGCUUUUGAGCGAGGCCACAGCUGACCGUCUUCUUCACCCCGCGUCAGCCCCAGCCUCCGUACAGGUUGCAUCCCGCUCUUCCCGCCCGGGAAAUUAUGGCUCGACCCAACGCUCCUCCUUUCGUUCCCGGACUUCACCACAACCCUCAGGGGUCCGCCGCAUCCCGGCGCCACAACCGCGUAUAGCCAACGAUUUUCGUUGCUUCACUUGCCACGGUUACGGCCACUUUGCUAAUGUCUGCCCGUCUACUCGUCGGUCUCCCAGCUUUUACAUCCUCGACCUCUCGCGGAUCUGA